CCAAUGAAGAGAUACACAUCGGUAAAUUCUGAAACACAGCACCUCUCGGCACUGUGUUAAAACGAAUCCAUGGAAAACAUGCGGGGGAAUGGUACAUUUCAACUGAAUGGCUCGGCACUGUUGCCUUAUGAACAUCCGUUCUGGUCUACUUAUCCUCCGCCACCUCGUGAAGUCAAUGUCAUAGUGGGGACAUUUGUGUUAGCAGUAUCUCUCAUCACCAUAGCUGGCAAUUCGUUCGUUAUUGGUUUCUUCUGUAGGUGUAAAUCCCUUAGGACUCCAGCUAACUUUCUUCUUAUGAAUCUGUCUUUAAGUAACGUUUUGAUGUCUGUGUCUGUUCCAAUGGUUACAGUAGCUUCUUAUCUUGGCGAAUGGCCAUUUGGAGAAAUAGGUUGUAACCUACACGCUGUGAUGAUGGGAGGGUUCGGACUGAUGACUAUUAAUACAAUGGCAGCAAUCGCGGUGGAGAAACACCACAGUAUAGUGAAGUCCCAGACUGUCGUCAGUCGCGUGUCAUGGCGUUUGGCACUUAAGUAUCUCGCAAUAGUUUGGGUAAACUCAAUCAUCUGGGUCCUACCACCUUUAUUCGGCUGGGGUCGAUAUAUUUUAGAAGGACUGGGAACAGCUUGUUGCUUUGACUACAUAACGGAGACAAUUACAAACAGAGCCUUUGUUGUUACGUUAUUUGCAGCGGGAUUUAUCUGUCCUCUCUCUGUUAUCGUGGUUUGUUAUAUCUGGAUCUUUGCUCACGUUCACAACAAUUCUCAUGCCAUGAAAACGUAUAGGAUGUCUUCUCAACGGAAGAAACGAAUUUCAAGAUCUGAGCUGAAAAUAGUGAAAAUGAUUUUAGUGGUGUUGAUGAUAUAUAUCGGAGCUUGGACGCCUUACGCGGUUGUUUCUCUUAUGGGAAUAUUUGGAAAGGCUAAUCAGCUGGAUCGCGUAACCUCCACUAUUCCUGCCAUGGUGGCCAAGGCAUCUGCAAUUUACAACCCCUUGGUUUAUAUUCACUACCACCGGAGAUUUCGUGGAGAGCUGAGGAGAAGAGGAAUAUUCCCUUGUAGUUCAGCGUCACAUAGUUCGGCGCAAAAUUCGUCCUAUGGCUCUAAAAGUGACUCAAAAAGCUGGAUUAGACAGUCUGCUUUGGCAAAACAAACUUCCGCUCAUCACUAUGUUUAGUAUGCAGAUAAAUCAUUCAUCGCCUGUUAAUUCAGAUUGUUUGUUUUAUA